GUUAUCUAACCUAUCUAGUUAUAUUUUUCAUGAUAUUUUGUUUACUUGUAAUAAUUUUACAUAGGUUAGCUAAAUAAUUAGGUUUAAAAGUCCGUUAGGUCGCUGUGUUUUUAAGAUAUCUAAUCUAUGUUAGCUAAUGCUAGCUUUUACCAUCUAUUAAAUGUUGCCCUCUUAGCUAGAUAACUAACAUAUAUGUUAAGCUGCCUGGGUUGCUAGCUGUGUCCUUACUCGUUUUAUCACUUUUUUAUAUAUUAUGCAUAUACUGUCACACAAAUUGUAACUCGAAUUAGCACACAUUUCCUAGCCAAACAUCCCUCUAAGGUGGUCAUGUCUGCCCCAUGGACGUCAUCCACUGUGGCUGUGAGUGUGUGUGUGUGGGGGGGGCAGAUUAGCGUCAGCUGGCGAGGCUAAGCUACGAUAGCUUUAGCGACGGUUGUUUAUGUAGUUAGGUCAGCAGGGCUGAUGGUCUGUCUCUGACUGUUGGUGCUGGGGUUAACCAGCAGUUUAGGAGAAAUACCGCACUGAAUUGGCGUCAUCGAAUUCAAGCGUAGUGUCAAAGUCUACAUAGAUACCUCUACACCAUGAGUCAGGGAAAGGACAAUGCGCGACUCAGAAGCUACAAAAAUAAAUCGCUCAACACAGAUGAGAUGAGGAGGAGGAGGGAGGAGGAAGGCCUGCAGCUACGCAAACAGAAGAAAGAUGAGCAGCUGUUUAAACGGAGAAAUGUGGCCACAGUGGAGGAAGACUCCACUCUGGAGGAUGAUGGCAUGUCAGACAGUGGCUACCUGGAAUCCCAGGCCAAUAACAUGGACCAAAUUACGGGAAGUGUCAUCUCUGAGGACAUGAUCCAGAUGAUCUUCUCCAGCUCUCCUGAGCAACAGCUUAUGGGAACACAACGCUUCCGAAAGCUUUUGUCAAAAGAGCCCAACCCCCCUAUUGAUGAAGUUAUUGCCACGCCUGGUGUGGUGGAGCGCUUCGUGGAGUUCCUGAAGAGGAGGGAGAACUGUACAUUACAGUUUGAAGCAGCAUGGGUCUUGACGAACAUCGCCUCAGGCACAUCCCACCAGACGCGUGUAGUCAUCCAGGCUGGCGCUGUGCCCAUAUUCAUUGAGAUGCUCAGUUCAGACUUUGAGGAUGUCCAGGAACAGGCCGUAUGGGCAUUAGGCAACAUUGCAGGUGACAGCACGGAGUGCAGAGACUAUGUGCUGGAUUGCAACAUUUUACCCUCCCUUAUACAGCUACUGGCCAAACAGAACCGCUUGACUAUGAUGAGGAAUGCUGUGUGGGCUCUGUCUAACCUAUGCAGAGGAAAGAACCCACCUCCAGACUUCUCCAAGGUCUCACCAUGUCUCAGCGUGCUCUCCUGGCUGCUCUUUGUGAAUGACACGGAUAUUUUGGCUGAUGCAUGCUGGGCGCUCUCCUACCUGUCUGAUGGCCCCAACGACAAGAUCCAGGCUGUGAUAGACUCAGGAGUGUGUCGCAGACUGGUGGAGUUGCUCCUACACUCAGACUACAAGGUAGUCUCUCCUGCUCUUCGAGCUGUGGGGAACAUUGUUACAGGAGAUGACCUUCAGACGCAGGUGAUCCUGAACUGCUCCGCCCUGCAGAGUCUCCUUCACCUGCUAAGUAGCCCUAAGGAGUCCAUUAAAAAAGAAGCAUGUUGGACCAUUUCCAAUAUUACUGCCGGCAACCGAGCACAGAUACAGAUGGUGAUGGAUGCAGGUUUGCUCCCUCCUCUCAUCAACAUUCUUCAGGUGGCUGAGUUCCGUACAAGGAAGGAAGCAGCGUGGGCAAUCACUAAUGCCACCUCUGGGGGCUCUGCUGAGCAGAUCAGACACCUAGUGGAGCUGGGUUGCAUCAAACCUCUGUGUGACCUUCUGACCCUGAUGGACUCCAAGAUCGUGCAAGUUGCUCUAAAUGGUUUGGAGAACAUACUCAGACUGGGAGAACUAGAGGCAAAGAGAGGAGGAGGAGGAAUUAACCCCUACUGUGCUCUCAUUGAGGAAGCAUAUGGUCUCGAUAAACUGGAGUUUCUGCAGGGUCAUGAGAACCAGGAGAUUUAUCAGAAGGCCUUUGACCUGAUCGAGCGCUACUUCAGCCCUGAGGAUGAAGACCCGGCGCUGGCACCUGCAGUGGACCUGCAGCAACAACAGUUCCUCUUCCAGCAGUGUGAAGCUCCUAUGGAGGGCUUCCAGCUCUAACGUCUUCUCUCUCACGCACCAGACAACCCAUGAAAGAGGGAGAGAUAUGCCCCCUUAUCCCACCGGAGAGAAUGAUUAAUAUUGAUCCUGAUUAUAAAGAGUGUGAGCGUUCAAGAGCCUGUGUUGCUGGUCGACCCCCUUUUACCACUUUUCCUGCUUCCCUCACCCCUGCUGUUACUGGUCCAGUUCUGAAGAAUGGCUCCAGAAGAACUGCACCAUAGUCUACACAGCCUGAUCAAAAUGAUGACAAUAUCAGAUCGUCUAAACCAACUCUGCAACCUAACAGAAUGCAUCCCUAAUAACUACUCCUGUUGCCCAUGAUGUCUUGCAUUAAUCCAGCACCACCAAACCCAAAAAGGAUCCUAAAAGAUCUCCAUCAACACCUUAAUCCAUCCAGUUACAGCAAACAAGCAAGCUAGCAAGCAUCAGAAGCCCUGUUGGACUAGAGCAGGGGAAAUCUGCAUCCAGCCACGAGUUGAUGGAAGUUUGAAAUAAACUGCUUGGAUGACCUUACGGCAAUACUGACUCUUGCGGCGGGUGGCCUGUACGUGAUCCUCUUUUUCAUCUGUUAGAAAACACUGGACUGACCAUGUGACUGUGUACGUGCAUCUUCCAGGUGCUCCCAAAAAUUAAGAGGCACGACAUGGCCAGUAUGCCCUGAGGACUGAAAAAGACUUCUACUGAAGGCGACACAUCUUAACUUACUUAUUGGACCAGGACAUAUUCUAAAGAGACAGCUCUUGUUGAUUAGACAGAGGGGUCCAGACUGUUUGUGACUGACUAUGCCACUUUGGCAAACUGUCUUGCUUUCAAUCUCAUGCAUUCCUACAAUGACUGAAUACCAGCUGGCCAGGCUUUAACUUUUUUUCCUUUACAACUUUGCAUUUGCACCUUUUAGAAUUCUGGGACUUGGAGUUCUACAUGCGCACUGAGACUUUUGGACAAUGACUUUUUUUUCAAACUUUUUUUUUUCUUUUCUUGAGCCUGUGCAUCAGACCUUUCAGGACUUUAAGUGGACAAUUCCAUAUGAUUAUCAUUAUUCAUCAUCAUCAGCACUUUAUGUUCAGGACCGAAAGCCUUGGUUUCUAUGGUAACCAUUUUCUUUCCAUGCAGUACUUUGCCCACAUUUGCUCUCCACUCCUCAGGAAUUGAGGUGAGAAUGGUGCGCUCAUGCUGUGCGCCAAAUUUCAGGACGUUCUUUACAAAAGUAUAACACACUAAAUCUAUUUGAGUGCAAUCCCAUUGCCUUGCCCAGGCUGAAAAAAAACUCUGCCCCUUCUGAAGCUUCUUCCACCAGACUCUGGACAUUUGAUGAGCUAAAUGGCUUCCCUAUGUGUUUGACACACAGAUUUUAAUAUGACUCUGUUCUUGCUGAUUUCAGACACAUUCAUAUGACCCCAAGUUAUAUGAUUUAACUAGAAGGAAUAGGAAGUAAAAAAAAGCAUACAAAGAAAAAGGCUGCAUUCCUAUUAGCACAUUUCUUACGUUUUGUUUCUGGGAUAGAUCUGUCAGUACCGAAGGUGCCAUAAUUAAUCCUCAUUGUGAAAUUGAGAGAAAAAACAUGACAAUGAAAUACGACAAAACAACCUAAAAUAAAUCUAAAUUAAACUUGAAACAUAGCGUUAAUUUUGUUUGCUCAAAAGCUAAAAAAAAUGUUUACUAAAUUUAAUUUUUUUAUGUCAGAAUCUCCCAGAGAGAUGACCAGCUCUUCAUGUUCAAUACGGAUGUUGUAUUGAGAUUGUGUAACUGUUCUCUGUUAAGCCAUUUGCAUAAAUGCUGUUUCAUGAA